GGUCUGUUGGGAACGAGGCUGAGAAGGAGGUGAAGGGUCAGCGGUGUCGCCCAGCGGCUGGAAACGGGGUUUUAAAGAAGAAAAUUGAAAGUGAAGGACGCGGUGGCGGACUGAGAGUCGGAGGUAGCCGGCGGAGAGGGUUAUACGUAAGCUGUGCUGGCCAAGCUCAGUAGAAUCUUUGUUCUGGAUAAAGUUUAGCUAUUGGUAUCUGGAAAAAAAAUCAGUAGAACAAACUUUUUAACCAGUUUCCUUUAAGAUCACCUGCAUUUAAAUUUGCCCUUCGUAUCUCUGAAAAACAUCGUUGGCUUCUCAACCAAGUUUAGGCUUUAACUUUCAAAAUAUCGUCAACAAUGGCUAGUACAAAUAGCAUAGCGCAAGCGAAAAGGGCAGUUCGACAGCUUAAAGUAGAAGCUAGUAUUGACAGGAUAAAGGUUUCAAAGGCUUCAGCAGAUCUUGUCCGCUACUGUGAGGAGCAUGCCAAAAGUGACCCUCUGCUCAUGGGCAUUCCAACUUCAGAAAACCCCUUUAAGGAUAAGAAGCCUUGCAUUAUAUUAUAGUUAUAGAUCACCGUUGUGCUUUUCUUUUUAAACUGACCAAUGUUAGAAUAGGUGAUGCAAUUUUAAUGCCCUCUGGUAUUCACAUACAAUCCAAAUUCAUGUUUCUUCUCAUGUUGGGUUUCUUAUUUUUCUCUUCAUCUUCCUGUUUUCUCUUUGUCUCCCACCUUCCUUCCAAAAAAAACCCAUCAAAUUAGAUUAGAGUUGGGAACAACUUAUGAAUUCAGACCAAAAAGAUGUUAAAAAUGUUUUCUGUGCCAGGAAAGAAAAUGAAGUUCGAAUGUACUGAAUAACACUUGUAUUAUGCCUUUAUAUUUACAUAGUUUCCUAUGUUAUUGCAAAAGUGUGAAAUUUUUAAACUUGCAUAUAUGUGUUAAAAAUGCUAAACUUCGACCAUCGUCCUGAUUGUUAACCUUUUAAUGCUUUUUCCCAAUUGACCUGAAAUUGCCACAUUCGACUUGUCGUUGAACCAAAUGCUACAAUGCAGUUUACCACAAAGUCUUGAGUUGACUCCAAGCAUCCUGCUGCCUGUGCUGUUGUUUAUUGUUUCCCCAUUCAUUCACCUAUAUCUAUCUGUUGAGAAAGUCCAGCAAAUUAGGGAAAGUUGAUGUCUCCCCAUUCAUUUGAACUUUAACACUGUCCCUCUACAACUUUGAAAUUACACAUGGAUUGACACAUUUCAGUUUUAACAAUGCAACUUCAAUCCUGUUGAAGUUUGGAGAGCUGGAUGCACAAAAAUGCCUCAUGAAAUUCUUGAUGUAGAAGAUCUGUGAAGAUUGUUAACUUUAAACUAUAUCUGCACAAACCAGAGCUGUUGGUUGAUCUACACCUGGAAAAAUAUAAACCCUCCAGUGUACAACACUGGUUGCCUGCCACAAACCGUGGAAUGUAUAACAACCCAAUGCCCAAUUCACACGUACGAAAGAGACUUCACAACCACACACUCUAUUGCUCCUGACUCAAUUAUUGGGUUUAAGCACCUGAAUGUUGCUAAAUAUCCAAUCACUAUUGGAAAUAGAAACCAUCACACCAGUUCUAGCUCCCAUCCUGUACCCACCUUAUCUUUGUAACGUAACCAAAUUAAUUCACCCCUGUCAUGGAAUGGACUCGUCCAUUUCAAGCACAGUGCACAGAACCUAUGAUGGCAGACUCUGUGUUAGUGAUGCAAUUGCAAAUGCAAAAGGUUUGAAGAUUGUGUGUGCAUGUGAAUCCAGGUUAGAUCUGUUUGUGUCAGUGAAAGAAAAGGGAUGUACAGAUACAUGAAAGAAAGAAAAAAUGUCCUCUAAUACACCCAUAGGUGGUGAUAGUUGAGUGUUGCAAAAGGUACUUCAUUAUUAAACCCAUUGGAAGCAGUUUGAGGUCAGUAAGAAUUAUACUUUGCUCAACUGGAUUAGUUUUGUGGGAAGAAAGGCUAUUUCAAAACUAUUGGCCCUUACUUUUAUAUUUCUAUUGGAUAAAUUUGGAUCUUUGUUUCUCAGUGGUUGCAUCAAACCUCUGUCCAUAUUCUUGUCAUAUCCUUGUAUCUAAAUUUUGGAAAUUGGCAGCAUGAUUUUAUUUUCUAAUGUUCAAAGAAUGUUUAAUCUGCAGUAUUAUGUGGUUUUGCCUUAGAUCAACACAAUAAAGGUACAAUACUUGUUAAAACUUGCCAAAUGGAAAACUUCAGUUUUAAGGAUGACUGAUAUUGUAUUGCCUAAGAACAAUGUAGAAUAGUUGGAAUGAUUAUAACAAAGUACUUUCAAGCACUCUUCUUUUUUUGUUUGAAUUCCAGGAUCUAGCUCCUUGCAUUAAUGCUAUUAAAUCAAUUUUUAAUUGCCAUUUACAGACUUAUGAGUCCACUUUAUCCCAAGUCUGAAAAUCCGACAUCAUCUGAAAGACUAGUGGAUUUUACCAGCAUGUCCACCCUGGUACCAAAAUUGCCACUUUGGACACACAACCCUGUGACCUGCAGUAUUAUACAAAUGAAACUACGUUUUAUUUUGACCAUUAGAACUCUCUCUUGCAUCCAUAAAAAUCACCUUUUUUGUGAAACAGUAAGCAAUCUGUUUGAUGGAAUCCUUUACUGAACAGUGUUGACGUAGACCAUGAUUUAUUUCUGGUGAUUUGCAAGUGAUAGAGUUUAUCAUUUUUGAAGCCAAAAUUUCCUUGUAUUUUCUGAUUUUUAACUGUGCAAAUAUUAGCUUAGCUCCCCUCAAAUGUAGUUACUAGGAUCACUUAUUUUCAGUAGGGUAUUUCCUCUAUUUACCUAUAUUUCUAAUGGCAGCUUUAAUGGUAAACUUCAGCACCUGUCUUUCAUUCCAAAGUUGAAUCAGAAACGCCCUCAUGAAAGGUAGUUGUGCAAUAAAUCUAAACUGAAGCUUAGUGACAUACUGAAAAUAUUCAUUAUGGUGUCACCAACCUCUUCAGUCAUUUUCUUGAGUUUAAUUAGUCUGCAUUGUUUUAAUGGUAAAGUUACUGAUUUAAAUUUGAAUUUUACUUGAGUAGAAGUGGCCGGUUAUGGAAAGCAUAUACAAAGUAUAUAAAUUCAAAUUGUCGGUGCUUUUGACAUGUAUAAUUCUUCCCAAAUCACCCACCAACUUUACUGCUUUUCUCCUCAAAUGGACCUCUGAUUCAUAACGAGCGAAAAGUGCCUUCCAAUUAUUUUUACUAUAUUCGGUAUUCCUUCUAGAUCUAUUCUGUUAACAUCACCUUUCCUUAUCCAACUUAAGUUUUUAAAUACUUCCUUGGAAGCAAGUUACUCAGAUCUCCACAAAACCAUUGUGGCUUUGUCAUCAUUAGCUCCUCAGGGAUUUGAAAAACUUCACGUCCUUUCAGGGCUUAAUGAAGAUAUUGUUUUCUUCAUGUUAAAAGAAAAACAUCAAGUUUCCUGUCUUUAUUUCUAUGAGCUAAAUCAAUGAAAAGUGCAGAAAUGCAUUCUGCUUUCAUAAAACAUUUUACAGCCUCCUAUUUUAAAUUGAGAAAAAUGUUCCCAUUUCUUAGAUAGCUACAAUAACUGAUUUCUAAGACUGCCCUCCAGUAGUUGUUCUCAACACUGAAUUAAGAAGCAAUCAUUUAUUCUAACAGCAAAUAUUUAAUGGGGGCUUUCCCAUCUCUUUUUGGGCUUCCUUCUUGUUUUGUCAACUUUGGAAAGUGAAUGACUGAAAUCCUCCAUCAUCAUCCCACUGAAUUGGUUGCAAAGCUGUAGAUCCAUUUCUCGUUUCUUUGCAGCAUAGGAAGCACUUUGAUAUUUAUGCAAAUUGCAAUGGAAGCUGGUGUAUUUUCCAUGUUAUUUCUGGCACUUUGUGAUAUCCUGUCACUACCACUGUUAGUUCUUUCCUAACAAGGAUGGUCCUUCCACCUCAUUCCACUAACUUACAUAUUCUUAGGAUUUCUAAGCAACAUAAUUUGAGAAACAAACCUAAUAGAAAAUUCAAACUCAUGACUGAGAAUCAAGUUUAUCACUUGAGUUAAAGAGUACACUUGCAACUAUUUUAAUCUUAGUUUUCUUUUAAAAAAUCACUUUUUUGUUUUUUUAAUACUAGCCAAAUUCUUUGGGAGGUGUCAUUUAUUAAGUUGAAAAGUAUAGACUUAAAUAUCUUAGCAAUUUUAUUUAUUAUACAAGUCCACUCUUUCUUCCUUUUCAUUUAAAUUAUGCUGCAAGUCAUUUUUGAAUUUUAAUGGUUCAAUAUUGCUCAAAUUAGAAAAUUGUAAAUAAAAUUAAAGUUGUUAUCUUUAACCAUUAUAUUUUCUCAUGAUUUCAGACUUGAAUUCUUAAUAGAUAAGUUGACUCUAAUUAAUGAUUUGUAAAUUGGCACCUGAAUGACGAGGACUAGCUAUCAGCUAUGCUAAGAACAUGGCUGAACGUCUGUUUUCAUGCCUUAAACAGAUAUGUUAUCUCAUUUUGUUCAAGUAGAGAGAGAAAAGGUGUUUGAGUUAUAUUUUACAUGGGUGAAAAAUUUGAUGUACAAGUCCAGCUUUAAAUGCCACACGUUGAAGGAAAAGUAUGAAGUUUGAAAAGUUUGCAUACAAACUAUAACUGUCAAAAGCCUUAUUUAUGCCCAUGAUGAAGAAAAUCUUAAUUGCCAUGCUAAUAAUAUUGAUUGUGCCAUAGAAUUUAAAAGCUGCACCUUGAAAGAAAUUUGAAGAUUUAUCAUCCAUGGUCGAAAACCAACAAGAUUGUUGGAAAAUGGACAAUAAAUCCUAGCUUGAAUGCAGUACAUUAGACAUUUUGGGUUUUCACCUGUAGAAUCUAGGUUUCAGUCUGGUUCAGGGUAGUGUGAUGACUCUGCAGAUUUAAGAAUUGUGAAAUUUCAGUUUAAUUCAAGAUGGAUGUGAAUCUGAAGUUCAGCAUUGUUGCCUAAUAUAUUCCAAGAUUGUAAAGAUGACUGAAAUUUUAAAACUCAUACUGGCAUAUUUAGUGGUUAAGAUAUAUUAGGGCACUAUGUCUAUCAUGCCCAACCUUAGACAUACUUAUUUGGAACACCUGUUCCAAUAAAUAGAAUACUGUCUUUCCCAAUGUGGAUACUCCUCUUGAUUGUCCAAAAUAGUUCAAAAGGUUAAACCUGUUCACAGAAUAAGUAACUCUAGAACUUGAGUCUGUUUAUAUUUAUACAUGAGUACCGCUUGCUAAUAAGAACAUAUAGCCAUGACACACCAUGCUGCACAGAGGUAAUGUUUAUUUUGUGCCUCAGAAUUUACAUACAUAUUUACUAUUUCAUGUUUUAGAUGAAAUCUCACAAGCUAGUAGUAAAAAAGAAAACGUUUUGUUAGGCACUGGUCUUUAUCAGUAUGGGAUGGAGUAGGAAGCCUGAGUUGUUGUAUAUUCAUUUAAUCUGUCAAUAUUGUCUUUCUACCUUGGACCUAUUUUCUUCCUUUGAUUUAAUCCACUUGAAAAAAGUUAAGUUCUGCUAUACAGAUAAGUUUCUAUUUGCCUUUCGAAGCUAAAGAUCAGUACUACUACUUGCAAUUAAUUUUAUAUCAAACUACUUGCCAACACAACAAAUUGUUAGACAGCAAAUAAUUUUGUAUGUUUUUGUCCUUAUUUCACUAAUUUCACUUUGUGAAAAAGAAAAUGCUGAAAUUGUUCAAUGCUGUGAAUGUGUUCAGUAUUGUGGUUCCAGUUACUCAAUGCAUUUUAAUAAUAAACUCAUUGCAUUUUAUAA